CGGACGACGAAGGAAAGCCCAACCCACGUCCCACUCAGCCACUCCUUCCCGAAGCCGGCGGCGGAGGAAGCGGCAGCAGCAGCAGCGGGCAGGCCAUGGCGUCGUCGUCGACCCCGGCGGCCGUCCGUGAGAUGCAGAAGGAUCUCGAGGUCCAGGCUAACGCACUCAGCAAGAUCCAGAAAGACAUCUCGAAGAACCACCAGGUCCGCAAGCAGUACACCAUCCAGGUUGGCGAGAACGAGCUCGUCCUCAAGGAGUUGGAGCUACUGAACGAUGGGGCGAACGUGUACAAGCUCAUCGGACCGGUGCUGGUCAAGCAGGACCUUGCGGAGGCCAAGGCCAACGUCAAGAAGCGCAUUGAGUACAUCUCGGCAGAGCUGAAGCGGAUGGAUCGGGCACUGAAGGAUUUGGAGGACAAGCAGAACAGCAAGAAGGAAUCGAUAUUCAAGUUGCAACAGAGGAUGCAAGCUGUACAAGCUAAGGCUUAGACAUCUGCUUGUUGAUUGCAACUACUCCAAGGCCUUCCUGCAAUCCAUCCCAAUACCAUCCAGUUUUUUGUGUGGAAUUAGGUGUCCAGUAUUCUCAUCUCUGAAAAGAAAGAAAGAAAUGGUUGUGUUGUGAGAUUGAGACAUUCUUGAGGUCUCUAGGCAAGUAUGUUAUUCUGUGGAUGCUGUGAUGUAAAAGUCCGCUAAUAGAUUGAAGGUGUAGGGUAAGCUUGUAGUGGUAUCCUCGGCUGAAUUUAUUGGCGUAUCAUUGCAUUUUGUGCCAUGUUUACUUACUCUCAAGUGAAUGCUUCCGAAAGAGGGAUAUUGGUCAAGAUUGUUUCUACUCUUAA